CUUCGAAGCUUUAAAGACCAGAAAGGGUAGCGCCCAUCUUCAAGGUGUUUCUUCUGUCGUCGUCGAAGGCUCACAUGAUAUUGCUUGAGCUCUCAUGUCUGGAAACUUGCGUUUAUUCAGCCUAUGUUCAUCUGCUUGUCCAAGCUCACAACUUUCUCGGUUCCGGUUUCUCAAAUCCCGCCUCUCUUGUUUUGCCUCUGCCCUUGGCUCAGAUGAAUCCCCUCACCGGCAUGAUACCCACGAUGAAUUUUUCGCGUUGUUGUCUGGUGAAUCCCAUGGGAAGAACAGUGGUAGUGUAAGGGAGAUACCUUCGAGAUUGGAUGGUAAACAACGGUUGAAAAAGUAUUCAAGCUUGCUUCACGAUUGUGUAUCCAGAGGGUUUCUGAUAGAAGGGAAAUCUGUUCAUGGGAAUCUGAUAAGGUGUGAUAUAGAAUUGGAUUCAUAUCUGUGGGUUUCACUCGUGAAUUUUUAUGCGAAAUCCGGACAACUUCGAUAUGCGCGGAAAGUGCUCGCUCUAAUGCCUGGACGAGAUGUUGUUGCAUGGACUGCGCUUAUUUCAGGGUGUGUAGAUGAAGGGUAUGGUUCUGAUGCAGCCGUUUUGUUCUCUGGCUUGCGACGGGAUGGUAUAAGGCCAAAUGAGUUUGCUCUGCCAAUUGCCUUGAAAGCUUGUUCUCUGUGCUCAGAUUUGAAGUUUGGUGAACAGGUUCAUACAGAAGGACUGAAACUGGGAUUCGGGCUGGAUUUUGUCUUUGCGUCUUGCCUUGUUGAUGCUUAUGCUAAAUGCGGUAAGAUCGAUUAUGCCAGGAGAGUGUUCUUUGACAUGCCCGUGAAAAAUGUUGUGGCAUGGAAUGUUCUGCUUAAUAGCUAUGCUGAGAUGGGUGAAGAAAAAGACGUUCUUGGAUUGUUUCAGGGGAUUACAAGCCCGGAAAUUAAAUUCAAUGCAUACACAUUCUCCACUGUGUUUAAAAGCUGUGCCAACUCUGGAAAUGCAAGGGGAGGCAAGGUUGUACACUGCGUGAUGAUUAGAAGUUGCUAUGAACUAGAUAACUACUCCAGCUGUGCGCUUGUUGAUAUGUACUCCAAGUGCGGGCUGGCAAACGAGGCAUUAACAGUAUUCAAGAUGACUCGGUAUCCUGAUGUCGCGACCUGGAGUUCAAUCAUAGACUGUCUCGCCCAAAAUGGGAAGACCGUGGAGAUGGUUAAUGUAUUUAAGCAAAUGAGGCAUAGUGGUGUUUCACCGAAUGACUUCACUUUUGCAACUAUUCUUAGAGGAGCUUCAUCAGAUUUUGAUUACCAGUGGUUUGGUCAAAGUAUCCAUGCAUUCAUCUUGAAACAGGGAUUUGCCUCUCAGACUCAGGUUGGCAAUGCUCUUGUCACCAUGUACAUGAGAUAUGGGUGUGUUGCACAGGGAAACCAGGUCUUUGAGGAAAUGGAGCUUCGGGAUUCAGUCUCAUGGAAUGCCCUUUUAGCUGGUUUUGAGAACACCGGCCAACGAUCUAGAAUUUUCAGACUGAUGCUUAGACAAGGUUUUCUUCCUACAUUAGAUACAUACAUCAAUGUCUUGGUGUCUUGUUCCAGGAUUUUGAGCAUGAAUGUGGGCAAGCAGGUUCAUGCCCAUGUCGUUAAAAACUGCUUUGGUAGUAAUGAUUAUAUUCUCACAACCCUUGGUGAGAUGUACAUGGAAUCUGGGUGCUUGGAAGAUGCAGCAUUGUGUCUUGACAUGUUGACAGAAAGAGAUCACCAUUCUUGGACAGCUAUAAUCAAAGGAUACAGAAAAAAUGAUCAACCUGAUAAUGCUGUUAUGUGUUUCAGUGAGAUGCAGUGGCAAGGUGUUAAACCUAAUGAAUUCAUUCUCUCCAGCUGCUUAGAUGCCUGCUCCAGUAUGAAAUCUGUGCAAGUCGGCAGUCUUCUUCAUUCCAUGUCAAUUAAAUCCGGUUUUUCUGACGACAUCUUCAUUGGCAGCUCACUUAUCACCAUGUAUGGGGAAUGUGGAUGCAUAGAAGAGGCAGAGGGGGUGUUUAAAGGCAUGGUGGUGCGAGACCUUGUCAUGUGGAAUGCGAUGAUAUGUGUCUAUUCAAGAUGUGGAUUCAGAGAGAAAGCCCUUGAAGCCGUAGUUAUGAUGGUAGAAGAUGGGGUUAUGCCAGAUGACAUCACUGUGAAUAAUGUGCUAUUUGCUUGUAAUGAUGUUCAUUUCAUUGAACAAGCAAGGCGGCUAUUCAAUUCUUGGCAACACCUAUAUGGCAUGAUUCCAGCUAUGACUAUGAAGCAGCAGCAUCAUGCUGCUUCAGAAUAAGGACGUUUGUGAAUAUUAAUAUAAGCUGGUAUCAUUGUCCUAACGACCCUUUUCAGGUCUUUUUGUUCGCACCUAAUAUAGUCUGAAAAUCAGAGGAUCAGAACAAAGAUCUUAACCUGCAUGUAUUAGUUAUUCUGGACCGCCCUAUACAGCGAAGAUUCUUUCCCUCGGGAUGGAAGCAAACAAAGAAGCAGGUCAUCCUUCUUGUUGGUGAAGCUGUAUAAGUUCCUGACAUUCGAAUCACCUCCAACCAGUUGAAAGAUUCAGUAGGGCUUCUAAAUCUGAGAAGCUGUGAUCGAGUCGAAAACUUCAUCUCCUGCACAUUUCGUAUUUACCAGCUGACGAAAGAGAGAUCAGACCCGAGUCACUGAAAUAUUGAGUCGUUUCUUCUGGAGAUCUCGUGGCUACUACCCGUUUUUAUCUAUCCAUACUCCAUAGAGAUAUCAGAAGAGGGCAAAGAAAGCUGUCCAGACAAAUGGCGCGUUGCCGUGCACAGUAUUUCAUGCUUCAAAGAAGCAACAGAUCUCAAGAACAAGUCAUAUCGGAGAAUGGGACAGAACAAAAACCCAAAAUCAAUCUCUGUCCUGA